AUGAAUCAUACUUCUCAAUGGCAAGAACUUCAUAAUCAACUUCAACUUGAAUUGUCAUUAACUCCAUCUUCAAAUCUACGAAAGAUUUUCGUAACUUGUAUCUUUCUUAGUCCACUUGCUGGUAUUUUAUACGCAUUAAGUGUGAUCAAAAGAAUUUCAGAAACAUCUGAAAGAUGGUUAAUUCGAAAGAACCCGAGUGGAUUUAUCUAUCCUAAUACUUGUGUUUUGAUUCCGGUUUGGGCCAUCUUAUAUACUAUAGCUAACGUGAUUAGUUUGAUCAUGAGUCAAAUCAAUUCGACUAAGAAAUCACCUCGGGCUCCACCACUUCAUGUCGCGAUAGAGCUUGUUAAAUAUUCUUUAUUUCUAGGAAUGAUAUGGUCGACAGUCUAUGCAAUACCACGUUCGAAAUUUCAGCUGCAGAAAAAUCAGUCAAAGUUUUCAAGUUCAAGACAAGAUCGAUGUUUGAUUUAUAUAGCUCCUAUCAUCUUCAAUAUCAUCAUUGGUUUAGGAUACUUGGUCCCUUUAUCACUCAGUGGACUGAUGUGCGUUUGGACUUUAUCAAGUAUGCAUCAUGUUGCUAAGAUUUGGCAUCAAUUCGAAACUUCACACGAUCUUAUACUUGACGCUACAGUGGAUCAACAUACGAAAGAUGAACAAAUAUCAAGCGGAUUGAAAUAUCUGCAUUUAAUGCAACAUUAUCGUAAAACACUUAAAAUGAAUAUGAGAUUAAUCGCUUUUGUUUAUAUAACGAUCACUGCAAUCGUUUCUAUCAUUUUAUUAAUCUCUACAUUUAUCAUUCUUAAAGCAUUAUUUUUUCAACUUAAGAUUUAUAAAAGAUUAGCCAUUAAUUCAAUAAGAAGAUCACCUGAAAUUUUAACCUUGAAUCAAUCAUUAAAUUAUAGAAAUAUACAAUCUAUUCAUUCCACUACAACCCAACCUCAAAUAAAUCACGCAAAUCAAUUACAAACAGAUUCGAUGCCAAGAAAAUCAAAAUCUUCUCAUUGUGGUGAUCAUCAACUUUAUCAUCAAGAAAUUGAUUUAAAAGAAAGUGUUUUAGAUUGGUUUCCAAGUUUUAAAAGAGGGACUGGAAUUGAUGAAAAGAUGUGGAAGUUAGAAUUACACAAUGAUACUCAAAACUCAACUGCAAAUGUAAAUGGAAGCAUACCACAAGACUCAAAUUUAAGAAAAUAUCGGAUUUUGAAAAGGUAUAUUGUGAAUACUAUUUGGCAGCAAGUUUUGAUUUUGAUUGUGAUUUUAUCUUUUAUCAUUAUGCAUAUCUUAGUAGAAUCUUUUCAUAUGAAAAAUAAUUCACUUAAUCUUGAUCAAAUCUUCUUGGUAGUUACACUUUGGUGUAAAAAUGAAAAUGCAUUACCAUUCACUCAAAUCUAUUUAAUUGUAGUAGAAUGGGCAAAUUUAACUUGGAAUUUAGGACUAGGUGCGGGUCUUGGAUUGAUCUCUUGUAUUGUGGCUUUUACUCCGUCACCACAAACACAAAACCGUGGUAAUCGAACUGAUGAUGAUUUUUGA